GGGCCGCAGUCAGGGCGGAAACAUCUGGUUUCUCAUCCACAUCUCCCCGCAGUGCUGCGUGUACCGGGGCUUUUGCUCUCUAAGUGCGAGCAGGUGACAUCCAGCGACAAAACGACCCGAAGUACUGGCACUUACGAGAGGCUCUGCCAGACACCCUGCCCAUGCUGCCGCAGGGUUUCGGCGAGGGCAGCUUCCCUCCCCUCCCUGCCUGCCCUGGCUGGGCGACAGGGAACGCUCUGCACCCCGGUGCAGGCUGGCUGCUUGGAAUAAAACCGCAUACUCAUGGGGUAACUCUCCAGAUGUCUGAACGGGUCAGCGUGUUUUUCCCACUGUCAAAAGUGUAGUGCUGGCUACUUGAACCGUUCUCUUCCAGUAUUGUGCUUUGUACAGGAUGUACUGGGCACGCAGUGUUUGUUUGGUUUGGUUGGUUUGUUUGUUUGUUUUCUGCUAGAAACAGUGUAUGGGAAAAGCCCAGCUUUACCCUCAGGCAGGCAAAGGUGAUGAUGCAAAACUAUCAGGUUCCUCUUUGCCUGUAUCGUUGGGUAUCAGUGAUUAUGCCCCAUUCUAAUUUCCCAAAAUGAGACUUGGAAAGCAUUUGAGGUCCCACACGUCCUUGGAUGCAUGCUGUGCCUGGAGUCCAUGUGAGGACAACGCCUUGGCACGCACCGCGCUCCCUCCCCUCUGCCCGCUGACCUGUGACGCACCAGCCGGGCCCCUGCAGUUCAGAUGCAGCCUUAAGCCAUGUCUGUCAACAAGCAGCUUGACUCUGACUGAAAAGGCAUACCCAGAGGAGAGGCUCCUGGUCAAAGCUGGGCAGGCUGCUGCUGGUGGGAUAUAUCUGGGGCUGUAUUACUUACCUGGCGUGCAGGAAAUCCUCCUUUUGGUCCUCAGCCGGGGUAAAGUGUUGGUGCUGCUACAGAAGGGGUCUAUGGGUGAGGCUGUGUUAGGGUGCUUAGAACUUCUCCUAUUCAAGGAAGGCCAAAAUUAUUAACUACAGGAUUGACUGAAGCUUUAUGGAGCUCCAGUGAAGAGGAGCAUAUGUGUCUGAGAGCCGUCUGCUGGCAGAGUCGAGCUCCUGGUUAGAGCGCUCGUGAGGAAAAGGGUUUCCAAAGCUUGUGUCAAGUAUUGAUUCUGUGUCUUAUUCUGGGCAGGAUUUGAGGCUCCCUCUUUCUGGUGUUGCCUGUUGACUAGGCAGCACCUCCUUUGCUGUGACGAGCUCUCUGAAAUUUCCUAUACGAGGUCCCGACUCCCCUGUGCAUAAGGCUGGCCUAGAUGCCGAAAUCAGGACUCAAACUCUAAGCAGCAACAACUGCCGCUUUGAAUGCGGGUGUCCCGGGGCUGUAAUCCCGUUGCUGGCCCAAACAAGGCUGUACAUGUAGUAUGAUAUCCUGUAGCACAGAAUUUGUCACGUGGGCGUGUUCUCUGCUAAGUUUCUCCUAGCACUGGUGUUGCAGGGAGGCCAGCCUCCUCGGCCAUGGGGGCUGAUGGAACUACAGACCGGGCUGCAGGUGUGGUGGAGCCAUUCACCUGGCAGAGAAAUCCCCGCGGUGAACAAGGUGCGGGCUUUCAGCCAAAAGCAGUGCUGGGAGGCAGGACAUGAAAGGAAGGUGAACCAGAAUGCUGUCUACCUUACCCAAAAGUGUGUUCCAUGGGAAACAGUACCAGCCGGCUCUACAGCGCACUUGCCAAGACGCUGAGCAGCAGCACCGUGCCUCAGCACCAGGACUGCCUGGAGCAGCUGGACUCAGCCCGGCUGGAUCCCAUCGAUCCCAAGGAGUUGCUGGAGGAAUGUCAGAUUGUUCUGCAGAAACGGCCACCCCGGUUUCAGAGGGACUUUGUGGACCUGAAGAAAAAUGCUGCCAGUAACCACCGCCCCAUUCGGGUCAUGCAGUGGAACAUCCUUGCCCAAGCUCUUGGAGAGGGUAAAGACAACUUUGUUCAGUGCCCCAUGGAAGCUCUGAAAUGGGAAGAGAGGAAGUGCCUCAUCCUGGAGGAAAUCCUGGCGUACAAGCCUGAUAUCUUAUGCCUGCAAGAAGUUGACCACUACUUCGACACCUUUGAGCCCCUCCUCAGCCGACUGGGCUACCAGUGCACGUUCUUCCCGAAGCCGUGGUCCCCGUGCCUGGAUGUGGAGCAGAACAACGGGCCAGAUGGCUGCGCCUUGUUUUUCCUCAAGGACCGCUUUGAGCUCAUCAACAGCGCCAACAUCCGGCUGACCGCCAUGAAGCUGAAGACCAACCAGGUGGCCAUCGCUCAGACGCUGAAGUGCCAUGAAACUGGAAGACUGUUCUGCAUUGCUGUCACUCACCUGAAAGCUCGCACUGGCUGGGAGAGGUUUCGGUCCGCUCAAGGCUGUGAUCUUCUCCAGAACCUGAAGAACAUUACCCAAGGCGCCAAGAUCCCUCUGAUCAUCUGCGGGGACUUCAACGCGGAGCCAACUGAGGAGGUCUACAGGGAAUUUUCCAACUCCAGCCUCAACUUAAACAGUGCGUACAAGCUGCUGAGCCCUGACGGGCAGUCAGAGCCCCCGUACACCACCUGGAAGAUACGGCCCUCGGGAGAGUGCCGGCACACGCUGGAUUAUAUCUGGUAUUCCCAGCACGCCUUGAAUGUGAACUCAGCCCUAGGCUUGCUGACUGAGGAGCAAAUUGGGCCCAACAGGCUCCCGUCGUUCAAUUACCCUUCCGAUCACCUCUCUCUGGUGUGUGACUUUAGUUUUAAUCCAGACCCCGACAGACUGCUGUAGUGUGUUGGAAUGCCACCUGGUAUUGCAGUGUCUUAACUCACCACUAUGUUGUUUUAGACAAAACUUUUGAAGCUGGAAGCUGUUGAAGGGUGAGGAAGUACUGUUGACUAAACAUUAUUGUGGGCACUUGUUCAGAAUUACACUUGCCAUUCAGUGCUUGUUAAUCUGGAGCCUCCAAGGGAGGAAGAAAGGCGUCAGUGUUCUCCUCGGAGUGUUCUUGCCAUGUCAGGGUUUGCAAACCAGAAGGCAAAUGAGCUUUAUCCUUUUACUAACUCCCAUGUCUAAAGAUUAAAUCCUCCUAUGAAUGUGGAGGACUUAGUAUUUAAAUCAAAACACGUGUGUUUGUAAAACAACUUGCUCUGACAGCAUGCUAAUUUUAUUCAUUUCAUGUUAAGCUUGUGCAAAUACCAAAGGGAAAUAGGCUUGACUCCUCAGUGAGAUUAUCUUAAAUGUUUUUCUGUUGCAAUACACAGGAAGCAUAAUGAGUUCAGACAUGAACAAAUCUAAGCUCAUACUAGUGUUGUCUUCUCAUUUUUUACAAGACUUGAGAUGACAAUUUCAUUAAAAGUGAAUGGAUAAUAGGACAGUGUGAGGAAGACCUGCUCCAGUAAGAGCAAGUGAGGAAACUGAGACAAACUACUUUACAUAGUGUAGGAAUAUCCUCACUUUCCCAGAUGAAUGUGCAUGUCUGUCACACACAGGACCUGCAGGUAUGUACACACAGUGACUGUUAGCUUUGUCUCUUCCCUGCUUCCCUCCAGAGGACACACUGAACCAGGGAGUUUUUCCUCCUCUGCUUCAAGGAUUACUUUUCUAAAUGGUUUAAAUUUGUAGUCUUGUCAAUCUUGCUGUUUCAGUAAAGGGCCAGUCUUCAUGUUGGAAAACUUUAUUUUAUUUAUCUUCAGAAUCUAAAGCUACACUGGAACCUGUUAGAAGAUAAAAUUUAUUUAUUGAGAGAAAUUGGUGAUCCUCCCUCCAACUUGAAAUCACACAGCAACAGUGUUAAGGAGCCUUUUUCUGUGGCCCAGGGGAACUCUGGCUAAGCACCUAGGCUACAACAGAGCUGUGUUUGUGUGCAUGGUGCUUAUUGGUAUGGCAUAGGUAUUGCAUAUAUGGAUUAUAAAUAUGCCACUGUGCCAGAACAUGAGGUACGGAGGGAGGGAAGGGGGACAACAGUUGGAGUUGGACUGACAUUGACGUAGUUGGGAAAGAUGAGGCAGAGCAAAUAAAGCAGUACUUCCAUGUAAAGUAAGGCCCAUAGUAACUCUGAAAUGUUCCAGGUGUUUAUUAAUAAAAGUCUUUGGAAAAAAAAGAAGUCUCUGCUGCCAUCUUUUUCAUCAUUUCUCUGCUGCAUCAUUUUCAUAAGUAGAUGAUCUGUCACAACUAGUGACUGUUCAAGCUUCAAGUUAGUGGUGAUGCUACCCAUUCCAGACUUCUUUCCUCCAGCCCCACAGUCCUAAUCUUACAAAUUGGAACAGCUGCUUUGCUUUCACAGCAAGUGCUCUUUCUUAAACUUGAAAUGCCCUAAUUCUGCAGCAAGUCUGUCGGGAGGUACCUCUAACAAUGUUAAGCUGCUCUCCCCCCUAGGUAAAGAAGCAGCCUGGAGUCUACAUUACUGUAAGUAUUACUCUUCCCAACAGUUCUGUGGAGCUACAGUGCUGGCCAGUACAGUUUCUUGGAAAGCAUCAUUUGAAGAGCAAGAAAUGUCACAGAUGUGUGCUUUGCACAGCCCAUAAAUUAUUGUACUUGUGUUGCUGGUAAGUGAAAUACUGAGUCUGACAACUGGAAGUCCCAGAUUCCCACUCAGCCAUGCUCCCUUUCAGGCAGACAAAGGAAGUGCCAUGUUGUGUAGCUGUAACAUGCUCUGCUUGUGUUCCUGACCCUUGCAGGGUAAGAGUGAUGAUCUGCUUCCAUGCAGAGCCUCUAACCAGCUUGGGAUGCAGGACUCCUCUAGCAAAUGCACACUGGAAAUUCCCCAGGCAGAAAAGAUUUUGCAGCCAAAGAGCCUGACUUCCUUGGGAUAUACUCUACCAAACAGAUGGUGACAUAUCAAACACUACCAGCUGUGCUUUCAAAAAGAGCAAAUCUGUGUUGUGUCCCUGGAAGCCAGAAGGGUGGCUGCUUUGGGGGAGGUUCUGGGCCGGAGAUCCAGACGCUCCUAACAGCCCACAGAACAGCAGAUUUCCCUGAGCAUCCCUGCUGUAAGUGUUUCAUACCAGUGAGACUGAGACAGCUGGCUUUUUGUGGUGCUGGCUGCAAGCAGUUGCUCUCUGAGGGGAUGAGAUGCAGUGCUUCUCCUUUAGGGUUGUCUUUUCUCAGGAUCUUCCCUCAAAUGGGUCUUUGCAAAGAGGAGAAAUAAUACAAUUGUCUGUUAAUGGAGGUAUCUGGUCAUCUGUAGCUAAACACUUCUAAAAGCAACACAACAAUGUAGACCUAUAUGAUACCUUUAGUAAGUCAACUCCUUGCUCAUCUACCACAGAAAGUCACACCAAAAGCUGGAGUUUCCAUUCAAACGCUUUUGGCAGUUUCUGAAAGAAACUACACUUGUGUUAGGAUGAUGUAACUUGAGAGCAAGGGCAAUACUAUACUCAGAUAUAUUAAAAAAAACCCAAACCAAACCAAAGAACCACCAACAUCAAAGGGCCCUCAACUUCCAUUUUAUUUUUGCAUAAAGAACUCAGUUUUCCUAAGGAUAGCUGAGGAUGUUGACCCACAUGGCACUGCUUCACCACUCCCAGAGCACAGGAGCCACAGCACUGACUAUGAUAUGCUCUGUUUACCAGCAGGAGCCAAACUAUAGUAGCUACAACACUCCGCUGUCGCUCUCACAGGGGAUGAUAUUUGGUAUCUGUAUGAUUCUUAUGACAUUUUACUCAGACCCUCGCUUUCAAUGCUAACUCCUCUACAAAAGAAACCAAACUGUGGAGAAACAGCACAAUGUAUGCGAUACUGCCGUCACUGCGGAGCUUUUCUGAAUUGGAAAGGGCUGGGAUUCUUAUUUCACCACAGACAUGUAGAUGUUCACUGCUUCAUGUCCUUAAAGGGCAAUUUUGACGGCGAGAGGAGGGUGGGAUAACUUUGGAAAGGCUGGAGACUCUCCCCGUUACACAGCAAUACUUAAUAUUAUCACACAUCCCUGCUACAGCACAACAGCAAGCCCCUUCUGCUGUAUUGUAAUAAAAAGUAGACAAGACACAGAAAUUUAACUGGUUACUUCCCAGUCAGCUUCAGCCUUUUAUUUCAGUACUAGCUAUAAAUUUUGUAGCCAGGCUCUUUUGGAAAACUUAAGAGAAAUAUUGCUCUUGCUUUGUUUAACUCAGCAAGAGGCAGGCCUGCAGCACUGAAAUGCUUUUGCCUGCUAUAAAUAUCAGUACAAUAAAUAUUUUUCACAGGAAGAAGGAAAGUUUUUUUCCUAUGUAGCAGUGUGACUCUUACAAUAAAAAUGUCUUCAAAGCUCUUCUUGUGGCUGUCUGCCUUAAAAGCGCACCAAGGCUAAAGAAAGUCUCAACAGAUAAUUUGCUCUAAUCUUAAAUAAAAGCUUCAUUAGCUUUAGUAGUGGCAGUUCUCCCUCACCCUCAAGGUAGGUGAAGGAAAAAAUGGCCUG